GACCCAGACGGGCAUUCUACCGUUGUAUAGCGUGGUCAUUGCCGAAUAGUUGGAGACUUGAAGUUGAAGAUAAUAAGCAAAAACAUAAAAAGAAAAGAAAACUUGCUGUGCUUGAGUUUCAUCAAAAUGAAGGUCUUCUUCCAUCUUGUUCUCCCUUUGAUCUUGAUCUUGUUGUGUUCCCAAAAUUCUGUGGUACAAGGUAGAUUGCUGUCGAUCUCAACAAAACCUGACCCAAAGGAUGCUGCUGCAACUGCUCGUUGGUUGGUCUCUUCAAAUUUCUGGGGUGUCUUGAAUACUAUCUCAACUGAUUUGGGUGGAACACCUUUUGGCAAUGUGGUAUCGUUUAGUGAUGGACUACCGGACCAAGGCAGUGGCAUCCCCUACUUCUACUUAACGACUCUAGACCCAACAGCAAGAAAUGCUUUAGUAGAUGAAAGAGCUUCGUUCACAGUCAGUGAAUACCCUCUCGGGACUUGUGGCAAGAAAGACCCAGAGAAUCCUACUUGUUCGAAAAUUUCUCUUACGGGAAAGCUUAAAUUGGUUGAUAAAAAGUCGAAGGAAGCCGAAUUUGCCAGAAAUGCCUUGUUUGCCAAGCAUUCGGAGAUGAUGGACUGGCCAGAGAACCACGACUUUCAAGUUUUCAAAUUGGAGAUUGAAAAUAUAUUUUUAAUUGAUUGGUAUGGCGGUCCAAAACCUCUCACAGUGGAAGAGUACUUACAUCCUAAAUUGAACAAUCAUGGAUUCGUUCUCUGAAUACUCUUAUAAUUGCCAUUCAUAUUUUGGGGGAUGUAAAUUCACAUAUUUAAUUUUUCUUGUUUAUAAAUAAAAUGUAUAUAUACUGUGUUUCAAUGUGUAAAGCUUUUCUUUGCACCAUAUUUGUUGCAAAGGAAACAACAUUUGUUGUAAGUUGUAACUGCUGGUAACCAUCAAGAAAUGAAACAUUUCAUUUGUGAAAAUGUGAUAUGUAACAACACAAAUUGAUUUCAGGUUGCCUAGUUGUGACUUACUGUAUUAUGAAAACAUUGCAAUCAUUGGCACAUUGAUCUA